AAUAGUAGGCUGCAGGGACAUUUUUUGCAAUCACGUGCGACUGAAAUGGAACCAUGGUCGGGCCUCAGUCACCACAGAAACACAGGAAGAGGAAGUUUUUGCAAAAGAAUAUAUCCUCAGUUCAGUCUGAUGGCCAUGCAGUCAGCAGCAAGACAACAUGGAGAUCAAAUUUCCCACCAUCAGACUCUUAUUUUCAGUGAUGAAUGUUCUGUUGCUGUUGGUUAUAGUAGCUGAAGUCAGUGACUCUCAAACACACAAUUCAGGUUUUCCUCAAGUUGUUCCAAACAGACAGCAGUUCUUUCAAUCAGAGCCUAUCACUAUCAGCUGUGAAGGGCUAAAUGGGCGGACUGGAUGGAGAGUGAUGAAAAAGAUAAAUGGAGAAGUUAGAACAUGUGCUUCAACCUGGGAAACAUCGACUGGACCUUGCAAAAUUUUUAAUGCAUAUCCAUCAACUGACAGUGGAGAAUACUGGUGUGAAAUGGGAGGAAUACAAAAAAGCAACUCUGUCAACAUCACUGUAAUUGAUUUAGAGAGUCAUGUGAUCCUGGAGGUUCCUGCCCAUCCUGUGAUGCAGGGAGAAAACGUGACCUUGCAUUGUAGAAAAAAGGAUGAAAACUCCAACUACACUGCAAAAUUCUAUAAAAAUGGCAUCUCCAUUGGGAGCAGCUCAUCAGGAAACAUAAUGAUUCCUACUGUGUCCAAAUCUGAUGAAGGACUCUACAAAUGUAGCAUUGCUGAUACUGGAGAAUCACCAGAGAGCUGGCUAACUGUUGGAACAGGUCAUCCUACAGUGCCUUACUUAGAGAUCUACCUGGGGCUCGGCAUUGGUUUGGGUGUUUUAUUGCUGGUCAUUCUGCUCAUACUGGCAGGACUGUUUCAACAUCAUAAACAUCAACAAACCAUCAGAAGUCACACAGAAGACACAUCUUUAACACCAAGUGCUCAAAAUUCUCCUGUCUCCAUCUAGUCUCCCUCUUCUGCACAAACAGGUCUCAAAAAAAGAGCUGAAUGAAGACAAAAUCACAUCUGAGUGAAAGUGAAGACAUUUAUCACAUAUUGUUAUUGCAAUUGAACAAGCUUUACAUCAUCUGCUGAAUAUAUAACUAAACUAUAAAGUGCUAACAUGCUAAAAAAUGAUUCUGUCUCUUAUAUAGAAAGUUAAAAUUAAACUACUUGUUUCUUCUGCAAUUUUUGCUUGUGCAUGAAUGCGGUUUAAGAGAAAAGAGUUGCUGCAGGUCAUUUCUUCUAAACAGCAGGUUCUCACUGUGGUUACUAUUAUAAAUGUGUUGCUUUGUUUUCCAAAACAGAGCAGUGAAAUACACCUGCAAAGUCUCUAUGUGAAGUGUGUGGUAAAGCACAGACUGAAUAUCUGGUGGCUUGGCAGCAGACACUGUUCACUAAAGUCACAGAAAACCAGCCGCAUUUUUUUUUUAGGUCAGACUGUGUGUCUUUCAAAGUGAGAAGAGGAUAUCAUUAAGAUGCUGAGAGUUGGUGCUCAGCUCUUUUCUGCUUGACUUUGAUUAUUUAUAGUAAGAUUAUAAUUGAUAGGCCAAAUAGCAAUAUGGGGAUAAAAUUAUAUAAAUGAGCCUUCAUUUAAUCCUUUUUUGAACCCACA